AGCUAGCCAGUUGCAGCGGAGCAGAGCCAGCGGCUCCCCCUCACCCUGCCUCCUCCUGCCUUCCUCUGUGUUAUAGGACUACCGCCUUUAACACAAAUCAUCAUCUGGGUUUCGAUGGGCAGCUACCCUGUCCGCGCCGCGGGGACACAUUACUUGUUAGACAGCAGUCUUAUGCCACUUAUCCCCAGUGAGAUGCCAAGGAAGUCGCUCUUCGCGGUUAGAGCUCGCCGUUGCCUUUGCGCCGCUUUUUGAGAAGCAUCUCUGUGGUAGUUACUACGGUUCGUCAACGCUAGCCGGCUGGCGAGGGGAGAAAAAUCAGUGUCAUGACUGGAGCCGAGACUGAGGAUGAUAUACCAUUAGGGGAAAGGAAGACUGUCACAGAUUUCUGCUACCUCCUGGACAAGUCCAAGCAACUCUUCAAUGGGCUACGGGACCUUCCACAGUAUGGACACAAGCAGUGGCAGUCCUACUUUGGAAGGACUUUUGAUGUCUACACUAAGCUGUGGAAAUUCCAGCAACAGCACAGGCAGGUUCUGGACAGUCGGUAUGGAUUGAAGAGAUGGCAGAUUGGGGAAGUUGCAUCCAAAAUUGGACAGCUUUACUACCACUACUACCUUCGUACCUCAGAAACAAGUUACCUGAAUGAGGCCUUUUCGUUCUACUCAGCCAUCCGUCAGCGCUCCUACUACUUUCAGGUCAACAAAGAGGAUAGGCCUGAAUUAGUAGUGAAGAAGCUUCGAUAUUAUGCUCGCUACAUAGUUGUCUGUUUACUGCUGAACAAGAUGGACCUAGUCAAAGUUUUGGUGAAGGAGUUAUCUGAGGAAAUCGAAGAUUACACUCAGCGAUUCAACACAGAGGACCAGUUGGAAUGGAACCUAGUUUUACAGGAAGUGGCAGCUUUCAUAGAGGCAGAUCCAGUGGUAGUUCUGAAUGACAACAAUUCUGUCGUCGUCACCAGCAAUCGGCUACAGGAAGGAAGUGUGCCUCCACUGGAACAAGGCAUGGUGGUUGGGCAGCUCACCCUUGCUGACGCACUAAUCAUCGGCAACUGUAACAACCAGGUCAAGUUCAGUGAAUUAACCAUUGACAUGUUCCGCAUGCUUCAAGCUUUGGAGAGGGAACCUGUGAACCUGGCAACACAGACCUCCAAACAAGGAACACUAGAACCCAAUGAGAAGCCAGCUAAAAGAGAAAAUCCACACAAGUAUUUGCUGUACAAGCCAACAUUCAGCCAGCUUUUCACUUUCCUGGCUGCCUCCUUUAAGGAAUUGCCUGCCAACAGUGUUCUUCUUGUGUACUUGUCAGCUACUGGAGUCUUCCCCACUGGGCAUUCAGAUUAUGAAGGCCCGUAUGAUUUUGGCGGAGUUCUCACAAAUACAAAUCGAGAUGUGGUGAACGGAGAGACGAUACAGAAGAAAAAUCAGGCCCAGAAAGAAAUGCACUGCCUUCAUCCAGGGGAUUUAUUCCCUUUUACUCGGAAGCCACUUUUUGUCAUUGUGGACUCUUCAAACAGCACAGCCUACAAGAAUUUCACAAAUCUGUUUGGCCAGCCUCUGGUGUGCCUGCUAUCACCUACGGUAUAUCCCAAGAGUGUACAAGAUCAAUCUCAGCGCGGGAGUCUCUUCACUCUGUUCCUCUACAGCCCGCUCUUGGCUUUCUCCUCUGUUUGUGGCUUAAGCAAUGUGCGACGAGGCCUGUGGGAAAGGGCUCAAGAAUUCCUACUCAAAGUCUACCGUGACAUUGGGCAGAUGAUAACUCGAUCACGGACCAUAGAUCAAGCCUUUUUGCAAUUCUUUGGCGACGAGUUUCUGCGGCUGCUGUUGAUCCGUUUUGUGUUCUGCUCAGCUGCACUGAGACUGCAUAAACUAUUUCGUGAGUCUCGGAGCUUCCCAGAGUCAUACCCAGAGCUCCCCAAACAGGACACUGUGGAAAGCAGCCUUCUACAGAAGCAUAUUUUGGAUCUGGCGACUAUGCUGGACGUGCAGAGCUUAUUUUGGGAUGAUUCGCUAGAAGCUUACUAACAUCUUUGCACUGGGCAAAAUGGCAUUUGUGUACAUACAGACUCUGCUGAAGCCCUCAGUUUUGUUUUCAUUUUCUUUUCGUCUUUUUUCUUUUUCUUUUUCUUUUCUUUUUUUUUACAGGUAAUGAAAUAACUAAUCGACACACACAUUAUGUCCUUGUGGGAGCAAACAUGGCGCACAAUUCAAAUUUUCACAUAGAUAAGUUUGACAAUUUAAUACAGUGUGAAUUCCUCAUUUUGAGUCUUAGCCUUGUAAAUACAUGCAUCAUGUUGUAAUAACGGUAAACACACAAAUCUUUCAACUCACUUUUCCCAAACCAAGCAGGACGUUAAACUGCAGCCUCGAACAUUAUUCAUCAUUUCAGAUAAUUGUUAAGAUAAUAAGAGUCUGGGUUGCAUUUUUUCUUUGUUUUGUUUUGUUUUAUUGAUAAAUUAUUGUUAUUGUCUAUUUAAGUAAAAGUUCUUUAUAGGUUCAGUUAUAAUAUUGCCACAUUAUUUGCACACUGAAAUUUGAAAGAUUUCACCAAAAAUGUUGUUACUGGUUCAGAGUAUUCUAUUUUUCCAAACAGUAUUUGCUGUGUCACACCUUACUUUACCGUAGCAGGCUGAGGUGCAUGCGUUUUUGCUCUGUUGCAUGUUGUAAGUCACCAUUCUUUGAAACAGUCCAUGCCUUUAAUUAGCAGUCUAGUCUAAUUCCUUUUAUUGUUCAUCUGUCCAGCCUUGGGUAUUGUAGAAAUUGUAGUUAUUGCUUUCCAUGUCACUGAGUUGUGAUUGCAUGCUCAUGCAAAGACUUUUUGAUUAACAGAGAACUGACCGCAAUUUUAAAAUGGCAUUGGACUAGGAGGUAAAAGGAAGCAGUGCAUGUGUAUCGCAUGGACCUCUGCGGUUACAGUUGACACAGUAAAUGAAGACAAUCUAAUCACAAUGUAAGGACACAUCAUUCCAUCUAUUAUACUGAAAUGACUCGCCAAAACACCUUCAUAAGCUUGAUGGUGGCCAAAUUGUCAUGUGACCUGCCACUUGUUGCUCUUUACUAUAUAGAUCAUAGGCAACACCAGUUAUCUUCCCCUGACAACGACCUGCGCUUACUCUGCUGUUCUUGCAGAACUGCUUGGUGGGAUUUAUUCUUUCAAGUUUAUAUUAUAUGGCUUUACAGUUGCUGUCUCAUUUGUCUUUUAGUGCAUCCAGUAAAAGUCCAAUGUGUGUGGAAUGAGAGGAAGCCUAGAUGUAGCCGAGGAGGGAUGAACAAGCAGCAGCCACCGUGAUUCAGUUGUAGCUGUUGAUCAAUAGAGUCUGUGACCUCUGUGGAUUGUUUUUGGUAACUGGCUGUGAGACUCUGUGACUUGAUUUUACUAUUUGCCUAUGAGAUUGAGUCAUGAGAUGUAGCAUGCCCAGACCUCAGUCUUGAUUUUGAAUGCAAGACGGUUUCUGUUGAAGUACAAUAACUUUGAAAUUUAACAGUUAAUGACUGUCCGAACUGCAUGUCAGGUAGCAUCUCUGAUGUUGCAUGGAGGUUUUUUUCUCUAAUGCUGACCAAACAUUCACAUGCAGGUCAGUCCUUUGGACUUGAAGGCAAAACUGUAGUUGUUCUAAGCAGCCACAUCUGUAAGGGUUCAACCAGCCAACAGAUGCUUUUGUUGAAUAAUACAGCCAGUUUAAGGCUAUCUGAUAGGGAUAAGGCCAAUAACGACUCUUCUGCACUUCAUCAUUGUGGUUGCUGCUUGCAAGCAAUUUGAGAUGCAGUAUGUAUUUUUAAGUAGUUGCCAGUCACUUAAAGUUAGUUGACACUGCCAUUCAAACAAGGCAGAGACUGAGGCGUAGUCAUGCUGAGGCACUAGUCACUGUUACACUCCUAUGAUGCAGUGAAUCUACUCAGUCCAUGAGAUUCAUCCAUCCCUCCUUCACACCAGUUUCUGUCUUGAAUUUCAACCCUCAAGAAUAUUUUCAGACAGCUCAGACAAAUCUGGGAUUGGAAAAAAAAAUGUAGCAAGCUAGCGCUAAUUGGGACACAGUCCAAGCACUUUUUAAUUUUGUUAUUGUUUCUGAGUUGUGUUUUGCAGUAGUAAAUGACAUUCCAGUAGGCUGCUAGGUUAUUCUGUCAGUCAGUACAGGUGUUUCUUUACACACAGAUGACAGCUAACAGCAGGACGACGUGGGCAAAAGUUUGCUUGACCGACUUCAGUGGACUUAAAAAUAUGAGAGGAAUUUCUGCUGUGAACAAGAGAGUUUGAAUUUAAGAUGACCUCUUGGCAUGUCUUGUAAAUUGUAAUGGUAGUUUUUAUAAGGUCUAAUUACCUAACUGCCACUUUGUCAUGAAUUUCCCACUAGCAUAGUUCUUCUUUAAUUUUGUUACCAUCAAGUCCAGCAAUGGCAAUGGAUAUUUCUAAAUGUGUCUGUUCUACAUCGCACGUCCAUCACACCCAUUGGUUUCUCCAGUUUGUCGUAUUUCCUCAAAUGGUGCCUGUUGUGAACCCAGUCCCUCACUGACAAAGUCCCGUUCAGUAUGAAGGCGUACGCCUUCAUACAGAAGCCCAUUUCCACCAAAGUCUGCGUAAGAACAUUUUUCAAAAUAAUGACUUGGUAUCUCACAAGUACGACUCAGUAUUUUGCAUUGACUGUCUUGGUUUAACAAUUAUAUGAGAUACUAUGUCAUUAUUUUAAUAUAUUAAGUUGCUAUUUUGAGGUGUUAAGUGAUUACUAUCAUUAUUUUGGAACAUUUCCUCAUUAAGUUGAGCUAUGAAGUCAUUAUUUCAGCAGAAACCUCCUCAUUAUAUUUGUUUAUUUUAUUAAUAGUUAAAAAGGUACAAUGAAAGAACGUUUAGCUAAAGUAUAAUGACCACUCCUCCCAGUGUCCAGCAACACACCAGACAAGUGUGAAGGGAAUUGAUUGAAUAGUUUGAAGAUGAAGAGACAUAUGUAAUGAACUUACAUACUCAGAUUCCUUGAUAUGUUAGUGAGAUGUGAUCAUUUGUAACUUCCAACAUUACAUACAUUAUUAGAUGUAGCCCUCAAAUUUUAUUUAUACCUCAUCUCUUACCAUACCCCAAAAGCAGAAACAAGCCAGUGGCAGGUGCAGAAUGUGUAUCUGUACGGUGUUGAUGUUGGAUUUAUCUUUGUCACAAGUAGAGGUGAACAAGUGCACAGGACAUGGAAGUGAUGCUAACGCUGACUUCUCUGACCAAAAUGUUUUAAUAUUGCAGUGAUGCAGCAAGUUUCCAAGGAGCUGGUUGGGUUUAAGAUUUUUGACACUAUUUUUAGUGUUUAAUGUAUUUAUUGACACUGUGUUUGUUCACAUGAUGUAUAGUAAUGUUUUGAGACAGACGUGUUUGUUCGAUAUUUAGUAAGUUGGUACCUUGUAAUGAAAUAUGAAGUUGAAAGGAAAGAGGAGCGACAUGUAAAAGAAGCUAGUUUGAUCUUUGGCCAUUUUUUUAACGUUACAUUCCAACUUUCCAAGGACUUGAUGAGAAGCAGAGGAAAAGUGCCGGUGUUUUCUCCACUUUACAUUUGUCUUGAGGAAGUGAGCCGUUUAAACAUUUGCUUCUAUUUUUACUGUAAUAUCAACUUCCACAUUCCCUUGUGACAUUUAUGAUAUUGUAGGCUUGCACUUUAAGAAGUUGAAUAUUGUUCUGAUCUUGUUUGUUGUGCUUAGGUUAAAAAAAAAAAAAAAGAAGAAGAGAAAUCUCUUUCCAUGUUAUUGUUCUUCCUACCAGCCCUUCACACUUUUUCUUACGAACAGUACAAUUUGUGUCAGUGAUUUCAGACAUUUUCCUAGAAACUUGUCAUCACUUUUUAACAGCUUCUGCCUGAAAUGUGUCAAGCAUGUUGACCGUUUUCUGUAAAGUAUUGAAUAGGCAGCAAUAACAUGUUCACUUACAGUAAAUAUAUGAAAAAAAGAGAAAUCCUCGUGUUUUAUAGCCAGUGGUGCUCCAAAGUCAUGCUGUCAGUGAGGAUUGCAACACCUAUCAUGACUGACUUUUUUUUUUAAUAUAUAUAUAUAUAUAUAUAUAUAUAUAUAUAUAUAUAUAUAUAAUGACAGACAAAAGAAAAAUGAGCCUUGUUUGAAUUUCAACCAGGACAGAAGAAAGAAAAGAAGAAUAUUCAAUUGUCAAACACUGCAUGUUGACAACUUUGUUCGUUAGCUCUCGAAAAAAGCAAUGUUUCUAUGUUUUUAACAUGUUAUUGUUUGAUGUGUUCCCUGAACUUAAAAUAAGUUAAAAAAAAAAAAAAAAAAAAAAGGUACCUGAUGGCAUAAAAUGAGCAUCAUCUAACAGUGACGUGCCACUGUUCUCUGAUCAUAUAGCUACAAAGCAAAACAAAUAAAAUAAGUUUUAGCUUCUGGUAAGACUGUAGUGAUGUCUUCUGUGUUUCAUAUUUAGAACACAACCAGUUUAUUUACUAUGUAGCACCAGUGGGAUCAUUAGCGCCAGCAAAAAAAAUCUUUUAGUAUUUGCAUGUGUUUUUACACAACCUGAAGCAUUGUGGGAGUGAGCUGGGAUAUGUGUUUUUAGAUCAUGCUUUAGUUUUACAUACUACCCAGCAGCAUGUCGUGCAUGAUGCAAGUGAAUGUAUUUAUUCUGUAUGAUUCAGAGAGGUCUGUCCUGCAACACCUCAAUUAAUGCGUGUAUGAAAACCAAUUCUUGAAGAGGUUUUUAAAUAAGGUGUGCACAAAACUAAACAAGAAAAUGGUAUUAAACUGAUGUUAAUUUGUGCAGACAACAUCCUUAUUGUACAUAAGAGAACAUUCCUGAUGAAAAAGAAAUUAAUUUUGGUAAACCAGAUGUUAACCAUCUAGAAAUGAAAUGAUAAAAUUAACAAGAUAACUAAUUUGAGCAAGAUAUCAUUUUAUCACAGUAGGGCUUUUGAGAACACAAUAUGGAUUUGUUAGAAACCUGUGCUACCUACAUCACAUGUGAAUAACACAUGCAACUAACAUUUUUUUUUUCAAAUAAUCCUUUGCAAAACAUACAACUUAAAGAUUCAAACGAGAUAGAUGGUUCUAGCAAGAUAUCAAUUUCUGCAAAUCAAUAUAGCUUGGUUGCAACAAUUAGAAACUUAUGCGACCAUGUAAGCUGUAGACAAAAUAGCUUGUGGAAACGAGCAAUCCUUCACACAGAACAAUAACCACUGUGUGUUCAUAUCAUGAAGCCUUCUGUAAAGUGGACACUGUGACAAACCCCCACUUAAACUGCACAUGGCUUUCCUUUCUCAGUUGCUGCCAUUGGCUUUAGUGUACCUAAAAUAAAGCAGUUAACAAGCUGUACGUGGCACCAUGUUGCUUUUUCACAGAAUUUGUGGAAAUAUAUCCUCCUCUAUUUUCCUGGUUCGGAUCCUUAAUAGAAAAUGCAUAUAUCUGGCAUUUCUGACUUUGAACUGUCGAAGGCCAGUUGUGGGGGAGUUGUGUGGGAGGUGGGUUAUUUGGUAAUAUAAAAUUAGUGUAUAAUCAGUUUUCAAAUCCAAAAGAGCACAAGAAAUAAACUUGUUUUUGACAUGGAUGGCACAAAGGUUGCUGCUACUUGGAAAGGAACCACUUCCACAAAGAAUGCAGACCAUGCCUCUUGGGAACACAUCAGAAAAAACUGCCAGCUGAUUAAUGCUUCUUCCCCACUUAUAAAGGGGUCCUUUCUACCUUUUUCUACUUGUAAAAUUUCCUUAACAUGUGUGCACCAUUCCUUUAUAGCAACACGUGUGACUUGCUUGUUGUGGUUAUCAAUCAGUGUCAAACUGUCAAAUGUGUUUUUACUAUUUAAGUUCAAGAAAAAAGAACAAAUGAUGAAAUUUCUGUAAGCAGCAUGUCUGUAUAGAAUAGAAAGUGCCAAAGAAUGGUGUGUCUUCACUUUCCCACCUUAACAAUGACUGAGAUCAGUUAUUCUAUCAGAAGUCUCUUGUUCUUUAUUUCUGUGUGUUGCAAGAUGAAGCCAGUAAAGAAAAUAAAACUUGGCUUCAUAAAA